AGCUUGAAAUUCAGUCUGGACGGCACCCAAAUCCGAGUAACAGUUGCACACUCCUGGGGUCGGUAUGUACUCUUGCAGUGUUGGUCUUGGUAGUCGUUAUGGGCACACUGCAGGAAUGCAGGACUCUACAUGAUCGAUUAUGCUUUGAGUUUGAGUUCGAAGUUCCGGGUGCCAUCAAAUUUUACUCUCUUGGUUGGACUACAAUAAAUUGCUAGCUAGCAGUUGGUCCCUUUUUGACGUGUCGGAAGAAGAAGUCAUCCAGCUGCCUUGAGUUUUGUAUCUGCCAAGUGGAUUUCCCGCAAGGCCUUUGCUCUUUCCACCUUGUCACCAUGCACACUCGAGGUGCACGAAGCGUUAUGCGAGGGCUUAGCUACACGGUACUGCUGACAUUACUGCUGGCAAUCUUGCAAUCAAGUAGUAGCAAGGCCGAACGCGAAGCUCAAACGUCGCCUCCAAAGUCGCCUCGUACACCAUGUCACUCCUACCCAAUUCCCGGGAACGAUGGCCGCAGAUGGCUACUCCUCAGCUGCGUCGCUCGUGGGUUUACUUCGCUUCCCGAGUUGUCUGAUGACGUCAGAGGCAGGACAGACUCCUUGAAUAUGCGAUACAACCAUCUCACCCUCGACGAUCCAGAAACAUUCAGAGGCAUGUUCGUUAUGUUCUUUUUGAAUUUGGGAUACAACAACAUUCGCGUUUUGAAGAAAGGCAUCUUUGACGACUGCAAGAAUUUGCACUUACUUGGUUUGCGAAAUAACGCAAUAGAGACUAUCGAACCAGAUGUCUUCGCCAAGAACACCAAGCUGGUCCGGUUGUACUUGCAACACAACUCGCUCGUCGAGCUGCCACGUGAUGCGUUUGGGAGCGUGGGUUUGCAUGCUCACAUACACCUGGACGACAACCCACUGGCAACGGACUACCGCCUGUGUGGUGGACUGUACACCGACAGAGAGAAGAGCAAGGAAAUCCUGUAUUCCGGGUUGUCGUCGGAGGUAAUCAAGAAUGUCGGAAACGUUACGGAAGUAUGCAGUAAACCAUGCUAUUCGUUCAGGCCCGAGUAUCUGAACGUCUGCCCGAACGCGUUCUGCAAGGGGACUGUGGGCGACCACCAAUGCAUCCCAAUCGAGCCCGGAAAAAAGUUUGAAUUUUACUGCGGUGGAAGCGGACAUAGGCUCGCAAUGACAACAAGCGAAGAGGACACAUUCGCGCCAUCCGAAGCCGCAUGCAAUGCAAUCAAUGGCUACCUGGCAAGGAACAAUGAUUUAAGGUACGGCUGCGCCCAGGAGCUAGUGGCCCAGGUCCGCAAGCACUACAAUCUCGACUACACGCCAGUUGCGUGGAUCGGAAAUAUCUACAAAGGGAACGCUUUCGCCACCAAUGGAUAUACGUAUGCGCCAACAACCACCAAGCUGUACCGUGUGUGCUAUAGCUGUCGCGAAUUCCCUCACUGUUAUGGCCGCUAAGGUUUUGCGGGUGUUAACGGCCGUGGUGAGUUCCCUUCCGGAACGGACACGAUAAUGAACUUACUUUGGAUGAUCUACGUACAUUGCCCAAAACGUUUCCCAUAUUCGUUUUGGUAGCUUCUUUUUUCCAUCGAAUUUUACCUCUCAUAGAAAUUUCGGUGCCACAGUGUGGAUUUUUAACACUGCAUGUUUUGUAUAGGUUUUUGGCCAAUCUUCACCGGCCCGCACGAAUAGUGCAUAGAGGUGCAUGUAGAGUGUAUGGAAUGGAGACUUUGUUUCGUCUGUUCUUAUUCCUUCGAUGCCAGUAAGAACCCUGUUAUGAUCUUCAUUCCCACUGCCCCCGUUUUUCCAUGCUUUUCCAUGGUGUUACUAAUGUAGUUAUGCAUUCAUCUUCUUCACACCGUGUUCCGCCACUAGCAAGGCUUUGCUGUGUACCUUUGCUGCAUGCAUGCGCUAGUCAAGCAUCUGUUUUGCUGAUUCUUCUAACCAUGCAUGAUUUGACCGUUGUUUCUGCAAUGAUGCUGCAGUUCCGUGAUGCUAGUGCUGGCAGGCUGACAUUGGCCGAUUUGUAGUGGUGAGGUAGACAAGUACGAGACUCAACUAUUCACAUCGUGUCUUGGAUGGCUAAGUGCAAGUCUGAAAACUCUGAAAGGCAAGUUAUGGUACCAGAAUUAGU